CGUGUUUGUCAAAAUGUUAUAUAAGUCACAUACAUUUAUAUUUGUUUUACUUAGAAAAGCAGUGACUGGAACUACAAGGCAUUCAGACAGCUAAUCAUGAGUGAAUCAACUGAUAUUGAGACACAGGAAAAUUCAUACAAUGGAAAGCAGAAAAAACAGAAGAAAAAAUGGCAAAAUCAAGGCAACCCUCAGGUCUUCCCAGAAGAUGAUGAAAACGAAAGAAAAAAAAGGGACCCUAAGAAGAAGAAGAAGAAGAAUGAUAAAGGCGACCAGCAAAAUUCCAACCGCUUUUCAGAAAGCAAAAACUUUAUUCAAACCAUAGCAGACGUCUCGCUUAUGAUGGCAAAUAUUUCACAGUUAAGAGCAGUUUUAUGUUCAGGAAACACAAAUCGAUUUUAUGUUCACCUCUUAACGCUAAUCAUCCUUUCGUUAGCGUCACACGUACUGUUCGUUUUAUUCACUGUUAUUAGAGCGCAUUUUAAUUACAAACACCGUAUUGCAGUGAGCCGAGCAAAAACUAAUACAAUCAACAAGAAAUUAUUUAAGUUCUGCUGUUGUUGUAAAACAAAGUAUAGACGUAAAGAAUUUAUUGACAGCGAUUUGUGUCAAUGCCCACAUUGCCGUACCGAUUUGUAUAUGCACUAUGUCUGUUACUUUCUAGUUUUUAUUACAAUUUGUGCUAACAUUGGGAUUACAGGAAUUGGAAUUUCGGGAGACUGCUAAUCUGGGGAUUACAUUUUGUUUUAAAUGAGAAGGAUGUGAAGUGAACUGCUAUAGAUGAGAUGAUUUACCUCAAUCCUUAGAGCCUGAAUAGUGUUUUGUUUAAGUCUUUUCUUAUAAACUUUAUAAUGUAUAAUUCGAUUAUAUAUUGGCUAAAAUCUAAUUUAAAAAAACCUGUAUGUAUUUGUUGUGUAGGAAUUGCUUUUCUUGUUUUUAAACCAAAGCCAUUGAAAGGCAAUGUUGACUAUAUUAAUAAUAGUGCACCUCAGACAAUCGAAUGUUCUUUUCCACUUUGGGUCAGCUAUGACGGAUGUAUUUUGAACUAUAGAUUCUCGAUUAUUUUAAUUUAUAGAUAUUUCCAGAAUUUGCGCAUCCAUAAUCACGUCGACACUAGAGCGCUUACUUCCCGAAUACUAGAAUUCUGCUCUAUGCUAGAAAAAGAAAUAACAAUUUAUACCGUUAUCGGUACCAAAUCUUGAAGUAGUCAGUAUAUUAGAAUACGCGGAUUAACCUACAUGAGAAGCACUCAUAAAUAUAGCCAAAUUUGUCGAAUAGUAAAAUUGAGAACGGAAAUGGGGAUGAGUCAAAGCGACAACAAGCCGACCAUAGAGCAGACAACAGCUGAAGGCCACCAAUGGGUCUUGAAUGUAAGGAGAAACUCCCACACCCGUUAGUGUCCUUCAGCUGGACCCUUAAAAAUUAUAUAUACUAGUGAUAAUGGAAGUCAUGCUAAACUCCGAAUUAUACACAAGAAACUUAGAUUAAUAAUCAUACAAGACUAACAAAGUCCAGAGGCUCCUGACUUUGGACCGGCGCAAAAUUGCGGCGGGGUUAAACAUGUUUAUGAGAUCUCAACCCUCCCCCUAUACAUCUAGCCAAUGUAGAAAAGUAAUUGCAUAACCAUACGCACAUUAAAAUUCAGUCCAGGAGAAGUGAAUAUAUAUAUAACAGUAAGGCUUUGUGUGAAUGUCAAUUUACAUUUUAUUUUAUUUCUCAAAUUAUCAAUUUUGUUUACAACUGUAUUUAAAUGUUUGUUUACUGUGGUGUAUUUUAUUCUAUAUAAUAAUCCUUAGAA